CCAGUGCUGAAUCAGUUAACUAAAGUCGUAGCAGUUUCAAAUUAACAUACAAAAAGGGCAGCAAGUGACAUUUCAUCGUAAAUCAUGGCUGUAGUAGUGUUUGGAUGUCCAGUUUUCGGGAUGAUUUUGGUUACAGUGAUUUUUAGCGUCGAAAUGUUGACAGCAACAGCAGAUACAGCAGAAAAAUCCGAUCAGGCAAUUAGUGUGCUGAAGCACGUCGACUGUGAGCGUCAAUGUCCAUACUAUUAUUUUCCGAUUUGUGCAACAAAUGGCAAACCAAAUGAAAAUCGAAUGUUUGUGAAUAUAUGCGAGAUGCACGCUUGGAAUUGUGACGUUGAAAAAAAAUAUCGGCGAACGAGAAACAAUCAGUGUAAGGAUUAUCGUGAAUAUGUGGACGAUGCAUGGCUUAACUCAAAUAAACCAACUAAGAUCCCAAAACCAUUUAUUCAACAUGGACAGCCACAAAUCGAAUAAUCUUCAUCACCUGAUAUUUUGCCACAUAAGGUUAUCACAGCUGAAUGUUAUUCACCAUUCGCCGCAGCCAUCACCAUUCUAAAUCUAUUUAGAAAAUUAUAUCAUAUAAAAUAAAGAAAAUUAAUAUAUUAUGCAAAUUUAA